AACUCCGCCCUUCCAUUCCAUAUCACUGUUUAUGCCCUCUUAAUUAAUUUGCAGUAUCGAUCCCCGAUUGCCUAUACAUAUACCAAGUUAGUUAGUUACCAACCAUAUAUCUUCCAAGUAUUCAUCCUUCAAUUUUAAUUAAAUUCUAAACGAUCGAGGACGUCCAUGGAUGAGAUCAUGCCUUCCUCCACCAUUCAGCAGCGCCUCAAAUUACUUGUUGAUAGUGGAAGCCAGUGGUGGGACUAUGCCAUCUUCUGGCAAGCGAGGAAAGAUAGAAACGGGCCUUUUGUUCUCUCGUGGGGUGAUGGCUACUUCCGGGGACACGACCAAUAUUCCAAAUCCGGCUUUGAGUUGGAGAGGAGGAAGGCAUCCGGUGGAAUUCAGGCACUUUUUGGUGACAAUUCGGACACCGACGGCCUUAUCGACGGCAGUGGCGGCGGCGGCGAUGUCACUGAUCCGGAGUGGUUCUACAUGGCGUCCUUGAACAAGUCGGUGGCCUCCGGAGAGGACCUUCUUCACAGGACUUAUAUUUCCACCGGUUACGUGUGGCUGGCCGGCGAGCAUCAGCUGAAAUUCUAUAACUACGAGAGGGCACAAGAAGCCUAUGCGCAUGGCAUUCAAACUCUGGUUUGUAUUUCGACUCCACUCGGCGUAGUUGAAAUGGGUUCCUCGCAUAUAAUCAAAGAGGACUGGGGAUCGAUGCAACUGGCCAAGUCCCUCUUCGCCUCCCAACAUGCCGGCGGCGACCAUCCCGGCCAGAUUCCAUUCUUCAGCGAUUCGGGGAUCAACCCGGAAGAGGCCUUCGAAGAGAAGCAGCUCGACGGGAGCAUGAUGAAGAGGUCAUCGUCGUCCAAUUCGGGGCCUUCUACUUUUGAAGAAACUUCAUUCCCAAAAUCAAGCAUGAGCAUCCGAUCCAAGAAGAGGGGGAGGAAGCCGGCGACCGGCCGGGAAACGCCGAUAAACCACGUGGAGGCGGAGAGGCAGCGGAGGGAGAAGCUGAACCACCGAUUCUACACGCUUCGGAGCGUCGUCCCGAACGUGUCGAGGAUGGACAAGGCAUCUUUACUCGCGGACGCAGUGGCAUACAUCAAAGAGCUGAAAGGGAAGAUAGAAGAGCUGGAGGCCAAACUGCGAGCCAAACCCCAGCAAGAGCAUCCGGCGAGAAUCUAUAAUAUUAUUCCGGACGCGUAUGACAACCAGAGCACGUCGGUGACGAUGGAGCAGUGCUCGGGGCUAUCUUCGUCGAGCUACGGGAUGGUUCCGCUGGAAGUGGACGUGAAGAUAAUGGGAUCGGAAGGGAUAGUCCGGGUGCAGUGCCGGGACGUGAACUGCCCGCCGGCGAGACUGAUGAAUGUGCUGAGAGAGCUGGAGUUUCAAGUUCACAACGCCAGCGUGUCCAAGGUGAAGGAGCUAAUGCUUCAAGACGUUGUGGUUCGGAUACCUGAAGGGUCGCUCCGGAGCGAGAAGGCCUUGAGAGCCGCCAUUAUUACAAGGUUGCAGAAAUAAACAGGACAGGCCUGUAAAAUAUAUUUCUUAUAAAUUCUAAAUUCCAAAACUUCAACUUUCAAUGGAUCCCAGUUGCCAUUUCAGUUUUAAUUAGCCUUUCUUCAAUCCAGUUGCAGCAGCAGGUUGCUAGAAUCCGGAUCGAAUUUUUGGCUAGCUGUAUCUUAACAGUUAAUUUUGGUUACAUUUUAAGGAUCUGCAUUUACAUAUACAUUUAUAUAUAUGCUAAUAAUUAUCUGUGCCAA